AUGUUGUCCUCAGAGCUGCCCUUCUGCUGCGGUGGGCCAGACCCCGACAGAGAUGGAAGUGUGGCGCCUAACUCGGCUUCUCUCCCAUGUUUUUUUGUGAUCCGGCCUGUCCAGGGCAGGUCACGGAUGGAUGCUCCGUCAGCUGUAGCCGCGGCUCUGCUCUUGCAUCUGAAUAAACAGACUCUGAAGAGCGUGUGUUGUAUAAAACGUUGCCAAAGACCUGCCACGGAGCUGUCCCGGGACGCUGACCUCUCCCCCGGCCCCUCGCUGUCCUUCAGCCUGAGUCUGGUGUACCGAGUGACAGCUAGAGGGAGGAAAGCAAGACUAAAGCUGGAGAAGGAGCCACGAUACUGA